AUGUCAGGCUACAGCGGGCGCCGAGCGCCAAAUUUCUCGCAGUACCUAAACGACCUCAACACCAUUCCGUCCCCCUAUGACCAGGCACUGCAGGAGCAGGAGCAGCAGCAGACUUUGUUCGAUGUAGACGCGGAAUUGGCUCUGUUCACCAAUGCGGAAUUCCUCGACUUCGAUCCUGUGGGCGAGCUGCCCGUCGAGAUUCCCGUGAAGUACGAGACCGCGGAAGGAAGUGAAGGAACCGAUAUGCGAAAUAGUCCGGACACAACGACGCCAAUUUCGGCUGGUGGAGAUAAUGUGAAAUAUAUUGAUAUGCUCAACGGCGGCUGGGCGAAUCUGCAAUUUUUUGCGUCAUCUCCUUGCUGCCAGCUCUGUCCUAUCAGCAGUGUCCGUUGA